CCCUUUUGGGGAGUGAACUAAUGGACAGGAGAUAUAAUAGUUGCUAAUCUCAAUAAUAUAAUAUGUUGCUCAGGCCUUUCAGAGAUUUAUAAAUGCCAAGGAUCGGUGCUCCUCAAAGAUUUGUGUUUGUGGGUUCUUUGGUUAAUUCUUCUGUGUGUCUAUAGAUAUGAAUCCUAUGCGAUGAGGCCCUCUGCUUGGUUCUGCUCCUUGCUUCCAGUGACAACUUUGAGUCUCAUGAAUCUUAAGAACCUAGUACAGAUCCUUGUUACUUGGUGCUUUCAUAUUUCUUUUCGGAUUGACUAUGAAAAUCACCAUAUUUAGAUGUGUAAAUACUUUUAAGUUGGUGUGCUUUUGUUAGGAGGUUAAGUUCCAGGACUUCAAAGGAUUGGAUUCCUAGAAAACUUAACCGCAGUACAAUUGAGAGAGAUAUUGAUGAUUUCUCCAAGUGUUUUUAGCACGCAAGCACAGUGAAAUAACUUUCAGAUAUUCAUUAAACAUUUAUGUGCAUUGCACUUUCAGAGAACUCAGGUGGAUGGAAAGGAAGUGUGCUCUGGCUGUGAAGUUACUGCAUCCCAAAAUGGUCUUUUGUUGGAGAUUGGUAUAAAAAAUGUUGAACUGUCAGACAUUAAGCAGUUUGAUUUUAGAACGCUACCAAUGGGAAAUGUUGUAUGAAUUCAAAAACCUUAUCAUAUUCUGUGCAGAAAUGUGUGGUUAAUUUGGUUCUUCACCUGUGAAAUUUUAAAAAAAAAGGCAAUAGGUUCAUUGAUGUUUAUACAAGAUUGAAUUUGUGAACUGUUAUUCUAAUUUGUAAGCCUGCAUAUGUAGUCUUUCUCCAACUAGAUGUGUUUUUAAUUGAAAAGAUAAAGGGGAAUGUUGUUAGAAAAAUGCAAAACAAAGCAAAGACCUAGACCUGCUUUCUCCUUUGUGCGUCUAUGCCAAGGGCACAGUUUCAGUUUUAAUUUUGAAUUUUUUCCUGGUAACUAUUCAGUGUACAUGCAUACUUACAUUUUUGUAAACAUUUACAUGGAAAUUUUUGUAUGUUAAUUUGUGUCCUCCUUUUUUUCAUGUAGAAACAGGUUUCAGCGUUUUCUUUCAAGAAAUACAGAAUUUUUCAACAGUAUUAUUUGUUGCUGAAUUUCCUGUUGUUCGCACAUUACUAUAACUGAACUCUUCCUUAGUACUCAUUACAGUGUGCUAAAAUAUAUUAAAAACUUUCCUUAGGUUCAACUCACUAUCCUGAAAAUCCAUUGCUCCAAGAAGAAGGGACAAAAGGACCUCUUUGUUAGAAAGGCGUGGGAAUCCCAUGACCGAGCCAGCAGAAAACCGGUCGGGGUGCAGCCGGACUCCAGAGCCAGAUAUCAGGCUCAGAAAAGGGCCCCGGCUUGAUGGUCCAAGGGGAGCUGAAAACCAACGAGAACUGGAACCCGUGUCAGAAGCAUUAAUUGGGCCUUCCCAUCACAAAAAAAGCUCUGGGGAACAUGAGUGCGGUGAAGAAGUUUCCCAUGAAGAUGAGGGGUUUAUGGGCAUGUCCCCUCUCCUGCAAGCCCAUCAUGCUAUGGAGAGAAUGGAAGAGUUUGUGUGUAAGGUUUGGGAGGGUCGAUGGCGAGUGAUCCCUCAUGAUGUGCUACCAGACUGGCUCAAGGAUAACGACUUUCUUUUACACGGACACCGGCCUCCGAUGCCUUCCUUCCGGGCCUGUUUUAAGAGCAUUUUCAGAAUACACACAGAGACAGGCAACAUCUGGACACAUCUCUUAGGUUGUGUGUUCUUUCUGUGCCUGGGGAUCUUUUAUAUGUUCCGUCCGAACAUCUCCUUUGUGGCCCCUCUGCAGGAGAAGGUGGUCUUUGGGUUAUUCUUCCUAGGAGCCAUUCUCUGCCUUUCUUUCUCGUGGCUCUUCCACACAGUCUACUGCCACUCAGAAGGGGUCUCCCGGCUCUUCUCCAAACUGGAUUACUCUGGUAUUGCUCUUCUGAUUAUGGGAAGUUUUGUUCCGUGGCUGUAUUAUUCCUUCUACUGUAACCCACAACCCUGCUUCAUCUACUUGAUUGUCAUCUGUGUGCUGGGCAUUGCUGCCAUCAUAGUGUCGCAGUGGGACAUGUUUGCCACCCCGCAGUAUCGGGGAGUAAGAGCAGGCGUGUUUCUGGGCCUAGGCCUGAGUGGGAUCAUUCCUACGCUGCACUACGUCAUCUCGGAGGGCUUCCUCAAGGCUGCCACCAUAGGGCAGAUCGGCUGGCUGCUGCUCAUGGCCAGCCUGUACAUCACAGGGGCCGCCCUGUACGCUGCCCGGAUCCCAGAGCGCUUCUUUCCUGGCAAGUGUGACAUCUGGUUUCACUCCCAUCAGCUGUUUCACAUCUUUGUGGUGGCUGGAGCUUUUGUUCACUUCCACGGUGUCUCCAACCUCCAGGAGUUCCGCUUCAUGAUUGGCGGGGGCUGCAGUGAAGAGGAUGUGCUGUGAAAGCUCCCGGCAGCCAGGGACUGGACCCUGAACCAUGGCCUGCGGCACCUGCGGGUCUCUCGCUGGCCGCCGGCGCCAGCAGUAUCCGAGAGUCCCCGAACUGACACCGUCAUGGGCCUGUGGUGGCCCAGGGCUCCAUGUGGUACACGACUGAGAAGAGAAAAGCAAAAAUAAAUCAUACCUCAGAGGAUGGAGUGCAUCAGUUAGGAAGAAAGAGAAACGGCCCAAAGCCCGACUUGCUCCUGUGUGGCCUCUCCACGGAAGGCUCCCAGGGCCUCCGGCAGCCCGCCUCCCGGCCACGGCGUGUUUAUCUGUAGAGGGAGGGGACGCAGUUAGCUGCUGGUUCUUCUCCCUUUUGCUCUCCUUAAAACAAUAAUCCAAACCAAUUUAGGUGAACGUUUAUAUUCAAUUAAGGGUGGGAGUAUGAUUUUAGAUGCUCUUUUGGGCAAAGAAAUUAAUGUAAAUAAGAUUUCUAACUUACUGUUUAAAUCAGAAUUUAUAUAAAUGUUUAAAACUUAGGGGCAGGGGGAGGGAGGGAGCAUUUUUGUAUAGAAUGAAACAUGCAAGUACCACACACUGUUUCAAUGUCGCACAAAGGGACUGUGGGAAUCAGCUGAUGGCCCGGAAUGUGCAGUGUCUUGGUGCAAUGAGGUGCCUUCUGCAGGCUGACAGACCUUGGGCCCUAGUGAGUCGGAGAGGGUGGCCCAGUGCAGUGACCACAUGACCACUGUCAAGGCCGAGCCCGGGGAGCCCUGAGUUGGACAAAGUUGGUGUGUGUUCUCAGUGGAAGCAGCAGGUGCACGACUGACAGGGCGUUAGGAUAAAGACCCGAGCUAAGGCGGUGUUUCAGAGACGGACUCGUGGACUGAGAGAGCGACCCCUCUUGUCAUCCAGGUGCUGGGCAAGGGGCAGAGGGGACGAGGGCCGGCCUCUGGACACACUGGCACAAGGGCUGCUGUGCUGAUGUCCUGGCAUCCUGUGUGUUCUUCAACUAGUUCUUGCCUGAUUAGAAAGUUGUGAGUUUUCCAAAUCUUGCUAUGGAGUUCUGGAAUACCCUGUAGAUUUCCCUCUAUUAAAAAGUCACUGCCCUAACUUAAUCCCUGACUGAAAACCCGACCUUUCUGGCGUCAUACUCUGUGGCUUGGAGCUGGCCGCGGCGAGAGUCCCCCACCCCAGCACUCCUUUCAAAGGCUGGCGGCCCCUUCCUUUGGAUUAGGAAGGAAGAAUAUGGCCUUGGCACACGGGUUUGGUCGAGCCUCGGCACGAUGGGCAUUGCAGCUCCCUUGCGCAGCAAAGCCCAUCGCAGAACUCCGGUAAGGCUGCUUCAGGCCUUGCUCACCACGCAGGAGUGCUUAUUGCCAGCAAGUCCAGUGUGGACUCCUGAGCCCAUCUUUCUGAGUUACCACUGGAAAUAAAACCGACACUGCUCCUGUCUCGCAGUGUAAGGUUGUCAGAAGGUAAGGGCAGGGGAGAUUCUGGUGCAUAGAACUCUGAUCUUGGCUUCUAAAAGCCAAGGUAGCUUCCCCAAAUAGCAUCAUGUCUUACAUUACUGUCAGCUGAGACUUUGCGUCCAGGGGCUUGCAGGUAUCAGAACUGAACGCAAGACCCUGGGCCUGGGGGCUGACAUCCCCUCUGGGACGGUUCAGGAGUAAAGGGAGGGCCUCCCAUUUGCUGUGAGUCCAGGAAGGAGGGGUCCGUGAGCGGGUUGGGUGCUGAAUGCCAUGUCCUGGUGCUAGGUGGGCCGAGCCAGAGGUGCCGCGCCGACCCGCGCCCUGCCUCAUGAGGCUGAAGCAGUGUUCACGCAGUCCAGCAGGACUGUGGCCAUCUGGAAGGAAGCUCACUUGGUUUGCUGGGAGCAUUAGCACAUAGCAGAAGCCAGACUUGCUUUUCUGUCGCACCCUGGGAGGCAGGGAGGAAGCGGCCAUCUCCGGGCCCAGCUCCCCGUGCCCCACAGCAGGAGGAAUCUGGUUCAACAUAGCACAAACUCUUGGGAAGAAUGAAGUGGACGCCACCGACACCCGCGUGUGUGUGUGCGUGUGUGUGUGUGCGCGCAGGCCUGUCUGGGCCCGUUUCUCUGUGUGUCUCCACGUGAACUUCACCCCGGCAGCCUCCCUGUGCACCUGACCGUCCAGUGCCCGCUGAGAACUCACCAGGUUGGCGCCUGACUGCCUUACUCUCAGCGGCCGGAGGCCUGCUCGCUCGUGCAGUUUCAAUUUUCUUUUUUGGUCAUGGGCUGCGUAGGACUUCCAUGGCUUCGUUCUUUCACCGUUAAAUAGUGGCCUUUUUCAGUAUCUUCACCCUUCCCCUUUGCAAAUUGCUGAAGCCACAAAGCACAUUUUGGGGGGUAAAUCUUAGAAGGCUGGGGUUCCAGAAGGCAUCUGUGUGAUGGCUCCAUUCACCAAGAGGUUUCCCUAAUUGCUGUAUUCUCAGUUUCUUCUAAUAAAAAGAACCAAAUGGAA